GGACAGGCGUACAUUGGUGGUUCUUCCAGGGCAGGGAGCAUCCCCAGACUAGAAAUGAAGUGGAUCGCAUGGCGAGGAGGUAUGUAGCCGCGUGUCGAGGAAUUUAAGGUUGCAAGUAGGGGACCUGAGGCUUGAGGUGAAAGGCGAGAUGGGUGAUAAGUUUCCAAGGAAGGUUGGGCUUAACACGAUGAACCCAAUGCUGGGAAUGUGCUUCAUUUCUACGACAGGAUGCUGCGCUGCACAAGAUCGGACCUCGACAAGAAAUGGUACAUGUGCCGCUUGGUGCUCGAUCUGGGUGCCGCCGGGAAAGUGCUGGUCCGGCGAGGGCGCUGCAAUCCAUGCGGCUGCGUAAGGCCAUGGCGAUUAAGCUCUGGCAGGUACGUUUGGUUGGAUAUCAUGAAUCCACAAAGUCCAGCCUUCGAGCAUGGGGCGACACAGGAACCUGACUCCGGCCCUGGAGACGAAGGUGACGACCAUGCCGCCACACUCCAGACAUGGGAUGGGCGGGAGAAUCUCCCCGUGCUACGAGGAAGAAGCUGAGGAAGUCAUGGCCGCCGAUAUGGUUUCUCUGCGCCUCGGUUGGAGAGAAGGAAGGAUUUGGACUUUGGAGGAUGGAGGGGUGGCUGGUGAUCUGCAGUAAAUAAAGUAGGUGGUGUUGACGGAUGCCGUUAGUGCCAGCAUGGCUGAGCCGUGGCCCAUAUUACACGAUCGGCUGAGCCGGUUGGAGCAGGACGGCGACCGUGCCAUUAAGUGUGGUAGGUAGGUGGGCCAGGCCUGGAAAUAGGAUAUACAGUAUAUACUAUUUGAAAUACAUAUGACUAUACACGGGAAGGUGGGAAUCUUGAUGGCUGUGAACGAGUAGGAUAUAGAGUGCAUCUGAGCUCGAGCUCAGAAUAGCACUUUCCAUCUGUCA